CCCCAGGCUGCCAGCUCAAAAGAGGCCCUUGGUCAGUAGCUGAGUGGAUCCACGGGGCAGGCAGGCGGGCAGGCAACUGGGAAUCCCCCACAUUUCACCGGUCAGUUGUUGGUUUUUUCUUUCCAGGGUACGAGAAUAAGAGAGACACCCGUCUGUCCCUUCUGCAAGGGGUACGUCUAUCACCUGUGCCCACCAGACUCUCUCCCUCCUGGCCUGGACCUAGGCUAGUCACAGGGAGAAUGGGGUACCCAGAUGCCUGGUUCCUCCUGGUACUGCUCUGGGCACAAGCAGCAGCUCAGAAGGCAGGUCCUCGGUGCCCAUCAUGCAGGUUACCCACUCUAGGACCUCAGGAGGAGAGGGCCCUGGUCCUGGAGCUGGCCAAGCAGCAGAUCUUGGAGGGGCUACAACUGAGCAGCCGGCCAAGCAUAACCCAUCCUCCCCACCCUGCAGUCCUGGCCAGAGCCUUAAGGAGACUGCAGUCUAAGAAGGUGGCUCAGAUGAACCAGGUGGAGACCAUCAGCUUUGCAGCAGAAACAGACUCCUUCUCCACUCCAGCUUGUGGAUCCAUCCUCAGCUUCCACCUCUCUACUCCUCUGCACCCACCUCCACACCACAUCCGUCUCUGGCUGCACCUGCAUCCCAUCGGAGCUGGGACACCCUCCAUUCAAAUCUUCCAGUGGGGUUUGGACAGAGGGAUCUCAAAAAGCCAGACCCUGCUGGUUGAGCAUCGAACAGCCACCCCAGGAUGGAAUGCUCUGACCCUGCCUUCUCGGGCACUAGAGAGCACUGGCUCUGGUGUUCUGAAAUUCAAGCUGAUCUGCAGGCCUCAUGUGGCCAAUAUCACAGCUUCCAGACACUUACUUCUGGAUACAGCUGGACACCAUCAACCCUUCCUGGUGAUUAGGACCCAAGCCAGGGCACCUGGAGGGGAUCGGGCCAAGAGGAGGACCCCCACGUGUGAGCCUGGGAGCCCUCUAUGCUGCAAGAGAGACCACUAUGUAGACUUCCAGGAACUGGGCUGGCAAGAUUGGAUCUUGCAGCCUGAGGGGUACCAGCUAAAUUAUUGUAGUGGACAGUGCCCCCUGCACCUGGCUGGAAGCCCAGGCAUUACCGCCUCCUUCCAUUCUGCUGUCUUCAACCUCCUCAAAGCCAAUAGUCCCUGGUCAUCUGGCCCUUCUUGCUGUGUCCCCACAGCCCGUCGGCCACUCUCCCUCCUCUACCUUGACCAGAGUGGCAAUGUGGUCAAGACCGAUGUACCUGAUAUGGUGGUAGAAGCCUGUGGCUGUAGCUAGCAAGGGGGUUCAAGGAAUCCAGAACUAGACAGUGGGAAUAGUGUUGGUCCACAGAAGAAGGGGGUCAGCAGGUCAGUGGCUGAGGCCGUCUGAUUCCUGACAUCCCCUCUCCAGGUGACUUGGUAGUCUGGCCCCAUGGGCCAACCCUGAUGAGUCCAACAUGGAGACCUUGGUGUCCAGUCAGUUUCAGGCUGCUGGGAGAAUGGGGAGAUGGGUAGGGCAGUCCUCUGAAGGAUCCUGCUCCAAGAGGAUUCCUACCCUGAACACUCCAUAGAAGAGAUGGUUAAGGGAUGGGGAGGGAGGGUCACAAAAGUCACUCAGUGCCUUCUAAGAGACAGAGUUUCCUGGCAAAUAAAGGAGAGGGUGGGUAAUUAGGGAUUGGGAGAGCAUGAUAUAGGGGAGAUAGGUGCUAGGGAAGGGGGUUGGGGAGGUGCUCUGGGGGAACCCAUAAGAGGGAGAUGGGUUCAGGGAAGAAGUCUGAGAAGGACUUAGAGAUAAGAGCUUGGAGAAGCUAAUGAGCCCCAUAAAGGAUCCCCCUCUCUUUUGUCUGGGGAGGGGGGGAGGACCCUGAUGGGGAGACAGACAUAUUUAUAUUUUCCUAAUAAAAAUGAGAAGAAAAAGUCACAA